CUUUCUGGUUUAAUUCCUCUGACCUAAACAGGAGAAAAAUGAGCAAACAACAAACUGAAAGUUAGUCUUCUUUAAAGCCUCUGCAGAACCCCAGGCUGUUUACAGUCCUGCUGCAUUAAUGUUGUAAUUCAAGCAGAAGCAACAAGCAGGUACUGAGUGGAUGUACAUGAACUGAGACAUUUAUGUAAUAUUUGUUACAUUAACAAAUCAUUUAACACAGUGGCCCCCUUCCCGGCCCACCCCGUGGCGGCGCCCCUGGAUCUCGCGCGCAGACGGCGGAAGGAGGAAAAAUCCAGGUUUGGAUUCGCAGUCGGUGUCAGUCCGGGGGGGCGAAGAGGAGGGGAGGAGCGCGAGCUGGAUGAACGGCUGAGGAGCUUUCCAUCGACACCAGGAGUUUACACAUGAAGCUUCGCUGGUUUUGAAGUUUGACGUGAGAAGCAACAACCCACGAGGGCGGUGAUUUUCCUCCCGACCGGAUGAGAACCCGGCGCGCGCUGUCAGCCAGGGACGGAAGAUACAAAGUUGUUGGAGGAUACGGACCAACCUGCGCAGGCGUGGAGGUAGUCCUACAUCAUUUGUGUGUUGUUCCCCCUCUGAACCUGGGAGUGGCGAUGGUCCACUGGACCACAGUGUGGGGGACAUGCAUCCGGCUCCAGACUCUGCUGGCCUUUGCCUUGGCCAACUGUCCCUCACAGACCCCCAGCCCGGUCAACUUCUCUGUCGUUUACACCAUGCCCUUCUUUCAGGCACAGGGACCCAUUCAGAACAUAGUGAACAACUCAAUUUACCAGGAAGUCUACGUGGCCUCGAAGAAUGUCAUCGAAGCCGUCAACAGGAGUCUGGAAAAGGCCUGGGAGCUCCGCACUGGGCCGGUUGGAAGCCCAGAGUGUCGCAUAUGCAACUUAUGCGAUAUCGAUAAGGAUUACAACUUUCUGGAGGAUACGGACAAUCAAGUGUUGGUGUUGGACACUCCUUUUAUGUAUUUAUAUUCCUGUGGAAGCUCUCAGUAUGGUGUUUGCUAUUUUCAUCAGCUGAACUCAAACGGAGAACUACCUUCUCGCUCUAAGUGUCUGUUCAGGAAGAGUGCAAACUCUGCUGCUUAUUGUCCAGACUGCGUGGCGAGCCCUCUUGGUACCAAAAUGUCAAUGGUAGAGGAGGGCCAGGCAGUCUACUUUUUCGUUGCUGCCUCUGUCAAUGAUAGCGUUACCCAGCGUUAUGGAAGGAAGUCGAUAUCAGUCCGCAGACCACUGGCCACAGAGGAUGGUUUCUAUAGUGAUGUGCGAGGCCUUACUGUCCUGCCCACCCUCCGGAGGACUUACCACAUUGACUAUGUCUACAGCUUCUUCACUCAGGAGUUUGUCUACUUCCUCUCGGUCCAAAGAGAGAGCCCAGAUCAGGAGUCAUCUCCGUUUCAGACUCGCCUGGGACGUCUGCCACGGAGCGAGUGGGAGGUGAAGAGGUAUCGCGAACUGAUCCUGGAGUGUCGCUUUGAGCCUAAGCGUAGGAGGAGGAACGUUCGCGAGCCCUACAAGGACGUUGUGUACAACGUGGUCCAGGCGGCCUACUUCGGCAAGGCCGGCAGGGAACUGGCGGAGGAACUGGGGGCGGAGGAGGAGGACGACAUCCUCUAUGGGGUGUUUGCUGUGACUGAUGACAAUGGGGUGACGGAGAAUGACUCGGCUCUGUGCGCCUUUCCUAUGGACAGCGUGAACAAGGCGAUCAUUGACGGCGUUGAUGAUUGCUGUCAGUCUGGACCAGAGCAACUCUCCAGAGGGCUUUGCCACUUCCAGCCGUGUGAAAGCUGUCCACAUGAGAGCAUGGAGAACAACGCCACAUGCAACGACCAUCCCACCAUGGUGUCCAAGCCGUACUACAGAGUGGACCUCUUCAACAGGAAGAUGACCAACGUCCUGCUCACCUCUCUCCUGGUGACGACCAUAGAGAACAAAACCGUUGCUCACAUUGGCACCUCAACUGGACGUCUGCUUCAGCUUGUGUUGACAAGAUCCAGCCCAGACAUCUUUGCCAACUACUCCUUGGUGGAGAAUCAGAGGGUGUCUUCUAUUGCUGCUGUUUACUCCUCGGAGUAUCUACUAUUUGUAGUUGGAGACAAGAUGAUUCAGGUGCCCCAGAGGGGCCCCGGCUGCCAGCACUUCAUGACCUGCGUCACGUGCCUGACGGCCCCGAAGUUCAUGGGCUGCGGUUGGUGCUCUGGAGUGUGUUCAUGGAAGAGCGAGUGCCACAGCCGCUGGAGGAAUGAAUCCUGUCCACCCGGGAUCAGUGGGUUUUUUCCAAGGACUGCUCCCCCUGAUGGACAAACGGAGCUUAUGGUGUGUGGAUGGGAGUUUCAGUCGCCGCUUCGACCCGCUAUCACCUCCAGGACCCACCAGGUCCGACUGGGACAGACCGCCUGCACUGUGAUUCCACUCAAAAGCAACAACACGCAUUUAGUGUGUAAGAUUCGCUCUGGGACCUCUGAGCCAUUCAAGCCGGUCAACAUUACAGUGGACGUGCAUGAGGGCAAGGUGGAGGGCCGCUACUCUAUUGAUGGCAAGGCUGAAGCACCAGGGUUCACGUUUGUGGUUCCAAACAUCACAGAAAUCCAGCCCAACUACGGACCGCGUGUCGGAGGAACGCUCAUCACGAUCACUGGGUUCCACUUAGAUGCUGGAAAGAACAGAAGAGUCACUCUGAAUGAAGUACCCUGCCAUAUGAGAAGGUCCAAAUUGGUAGCCAAUGUUUCGUCCAUCAUCUGCUUGUCCCAGGCCAUCUCGGAGGUGAGGGAUGUCCCGCUGAGCGUUUUCAUCGACAAAUCUCAAGUCCCCAACACAAAGGUGUUUUACUACAAGGAAACGCCAAAGAUCACGAACGUGCUGCCCGACUGCAGCUUUCACAGAGGUUCAAAGAUCGUGAUCGAAGGGGAGAACCUCGACUCGGUUUACCGCACCUUAAUCCGCUUUAAGCCCAACGAGAGCCACCUCAGAGCAGUAACAACGGAGUGCUUUGGGAAGUCCCUGCCCACCCGGAUGGAAUGCGUCACUCCGGCGUUCCAGAGGGAUGAGAGCGAGGAGGGCCUGCUGUCUUUUGACAUGGAUGGCGCCGUGGGACUUUGGAACAAAGAGUUCUCCUAUCACCCCUACGGAGAACCCAUUCCUUUUGAAACAGAGGGGCAUGUGCUCAGUUUGUAUCCUGGGUUUGACGAAGUGUCCCUUCAUCAUAAGAAGCUGAACCUGGUGAGUUCCUGCAUGACCAUCGUCAUGACGGUGGCCGAUGUCGACUGCGAUGCCAAAGUCCUGGAUAAUGAGAUAACCUGCAGGAUCCCUAAAAACAUCACCAUUCCCAGAGAGGGACUUCCAGUGAAGAUCUCCAUCAACGGCCAGGUUCAUAAUGUUGGCACGGUGGUGAGGGUCAACAACCACUACAUGGUGGGGAUAGUUCUGGGAAUCCUGGCGGCUCUGGUGGCCGGGGCCGUGCUGGCCUUUGUUGUGAUGAAACAUUUGAGAAAGAAAAAGAAAGCCUCAAUGAUAGAAGCCCGGUUGUCCCACUCUGCCACUCGCUCUGUGACCAACACUGUGGAACUGUCUUCCACGGGAGACUACAGGAGAGUCGUUUCCCUGAGCCCCCCCACCCCUUUGAUUGGGCCCGUGGUGUUUCGGGGUCUGGCCUACUCCGCCUGCAACAGAGAUCCAACCCUCACCCCUCUCAUGCAGACAGAGAAGAUCUCCAUCUCCAGCUUCAGACCGGAGCUGCUGGAGGAGGUGAAGGACGUUCUCAUUCCUGCUGAGAUGCUGAUAGUGCAGCACCACCGCAUCAUCGGGAAGGGCCAUUUUGGAACUGUCUAUCAUGGUUACUUAUCAGACUCCAGCAACAGAGAAACUCACUGCGCUGUCAAGUCUUUGAAUAGAAUAACGGAUGUGGAAGAGGUGGAGCAGUUCCUGAAAGAGGGCAUCAUAAUGAAGGGUUUCCACCACACCAACGUCCUGUCUCUGCUGGGCAUCUUCCUGCCGCAGGAAGGGCUCCCUCUGGUGGUGCUUCCGUAUAUGAAACACGGAGACCUGCGGCACUUCAUACGCUGCGAGAAGAGGAACCCGACUGUAAAGGAUCUCAUCGGAUUCGGGCUGCAGGUCGCCAAGGGGAUGGAGUAUUUGGCAACCAAGAAGUUUGUCCACAGAGAUCUCGCUGCGCGCAACUGCAUGUUGGACGAGUCGUACACGGUGAAGGUGGCGGACUUUGGCAUGGCCAGAGACGUUUUUGAUAAGGAAUACUACAGCGUACAGGAUCACAGGAAGGCUAAGCUGCCCGUCAAGUGGAUGGCCAUCGAGAGUUUGCAGACGCAGAAGUUCACCACCAAGUCAGACGUGUGGUCCUUUGGUGUUCUGAUGUGGGAAAUGCUGACCAGAGGAGCGAGCCCCUACCCAGAGGUGGACCCUUAUGACAUAACGCAUUACUUACUGAAAGGCAGGAGGCUUCCCCAGCCACAGUACUGCCCUGACCCACUAUAUCGCAUCAUGCUCCAAUGCUGGGAUCCUGAUCCGGAGCUCAGGCCCAGCUUUGCCACUCUGGUUUUGGCCGUCUCCACCAUCCUGUCGAGCCUGGAGGGAGAGCAUUACAUCAGCCUGAACAUCACCUAUGUGAACCUGGACCAGCCACAGCCGUACCCCGCUCUCACAGACUCCCCCGACGAGUAUGACUCCACGGACGUCGAAGACGCCGGCUCAGACUCGGACUCUUCCUGAUGCAGAAAACAAACAAACAAACAAAAAAACACUCUCCUCUGACACAUUUGUGUGUUUUAUGUCAAAGCAGGAAAAACAAAGUACCUUCUUACUGUCUGAGGACAUGAAUGUGAUAAGAGACUGCAGGUUACCUGAACAACACCAAAAGCUGUUAGUUUUUCUAUUUAAUAACAUAGGAACAUUAGUCACGUCUCAAAGCUGCCUCUGUGGGUCAAAGUAUCAUCCUUUGUGUAUUUUUCAUACAGUGGCACCUCCAUAAGUCAGAAUUUCAUUUAAAAAAAUGAAAAUAACAAAAAUUCUAUUUAAAUAAUUCAACACAAAAACUGAAACUCAUUUCACUCCCGCGUAUAUAUUUCAAGCAUUUAUUUCUCUUAAUGGUUGAUAAUUAUCAAAACGAAAAGAAUGACAUGGGUAUGCCCAGAGAAAUUAGCCGGCUGGUAAAUCGCACCAAUUUCCUUAAAUUUUGGAGAUCAGCCGAUACUUACAUGUGAAACGGAUCAUAUCUACCUCCACAGAGGGCUGAAAAUCAGCUACUGUCCCGUUUGCCUCUGCCAGCAUAUUCAGCAACUUUUCAAACAAACAAACAAACAAAAAAAAACAAUCGGUAUUGGCCAAAAUCAGAAUUGGCAGGUCAGGCUUUCAAAAGAUUGGUGAUCGAUUAGAAAACUGCAAUUGGUGCAACCCUAGAACUGAAUGGUUGAAACCGAUCACUCUGUAUGUGAGGAUAUCUGAGUUUCCUCUUUGAAUUUAAAUUACUGAAAUAAAUGAAGAUUUCUGUGAUUUCAUAAUUGAUUGAGUUGGACCUGUUAAGCAUUUAUAGCUUAACAACUUAGGAAAUUAGAACAUGAAUUCAGUGUAAUGCUUCCUUUUGCUUUAACUCAAAGACGUAUAAAGAACUUUUGAAGGCCUUGAUUUCAUGAUUUCAUGCUAUUUUUUUACCUUUAUUAUUUUAUUCUGGAAAUCGAAACAACAAAAAAAUCUUGUGGAUUUUUACCCAUCAGUUGUUUCUCUUAAAUAUUAUUUCAGUCACAUUUUCUUAAGAAGAUAAGACAAUUCAACAAACUUUUUAUUGCCAUAUGGAUUCCAUUUCAUCCUCUCCUGAUCCAAAUUCUGGAAAUAGUUCCUGAUCAGACCUAUCUGUUCUGACAUAUUGCAGGGCAGAAUUGGGCCUCUAACAAUGGAAAUGUGUGAUUUCCACUGUUUGCAGAAUCUCAUAUUUUAGUAUCUAUCAAAAGUGAGUUUUCCUUCAAUGAUAAAUUUCAGCGAGGGGGAAGCUGACCCACACCAUAACAAACAACCUCUGCCAAAAACUGUUUAGUAUUGGCAUAGAGGUUUUCCAAUAUAUAGAAUUGAUCACUAAUAAGCUUUAGGGGGACAUAAUUAACCAAACACAAAUGUUCUGACUUCUUGUGCUGUUUGUUACUCACCCGUUAACUAGCUGGCUAUCUAACUAGCCGACUAGCACUGUUUUAAUGUUGCUAAACAGCACAAUAGUGUAGUUAUACAGUACAAGUUUAACACAUUACAGUAUGUAGUGUCAAUAUACCAACAAAGAAAAAAUAUGUUAGUUUGCCAACAUUUUUUUUUAGCACAGUGAAGACUUGUAGCAUCACACUGGCCUUCAAAAUCAGACUGCAUCUUACUUAGCUAGCUAAUGGUUAGCUUGAUGGCUUUUUUUUAGGCGCUCCUAGCCAUGUUUUUUUUUUUUUUUUUUUUUUUUUACAAAACUUCAAAUAAAAGUUCUUGUUAGUGCUAAUCAAAUAGUAUGGGAAUAUUUUUUACUUUGCUGUUUUCCUGUUAUUCGUGUAAAUAUGACAACUGUAGUGUCAGUUAUUCCACACAACGGCGAGUAAAAUAUUAUUUUACUACGUGGUACACUUUUACAAUAGCGUCACGUUAAAUGCAUUCUUACAUUUUCUGUCUUUUUUCCCGUGUAAACAAAAGAUGAGCAAGUUA